AGACUGAAGAAGUCCUGAAGAUUGAUGGAGGGCCAUGCUAUUCAAACAGCAGGCGUUGCUGAGACAGAAGCUCUUUGUACUAGGCAGCCUUGCUAUUGGAAGUCUCCUAUAUCUAGUUGCCAGAGUUGGGAGCUUGGAUAGAUUGCAGCCCCUCUGCCCCAUCGAUGGUCGAUUUGGACCCCGUGGCCAGGACGAAAUCCCGCUGCGAGCUCUGCAGUUCAAGCGAGGGCUGCUCCACGAGUUCCGAAAGGGCAAUGCCACCAAGGAACAAAUACGACUGCACAAUCUGGUUCAGCAGCUUCCCAAGGCCAUUAUCAUUGGGGUGCGGAAAGGAGGCACCCGAGCACUGCUGGAGAUGCUGAACCUUCACCCCGCAGUGGUCAAAGCUUCUCAAGAGAUUCACUUCUUUGACAAUGAUGAGAACUAUGCCAAGGGGAUUGAGUGGUACCGGAAAAAAAUGCCUUUUUCUUACCCUCAUCAAAUAACAAUUGAGAAAAGCCCCGCGUAUUUUAUCACCGAGGAAGUACCUGAAAGGAUUUACAAAAUGAACUCAUCUAUCAAAUUAUUGAUCAUUGUCAGGGAACCUACCACACGAGCUAUUUCGGAUUACACUCAGGUGCUGGAAGGUAAGGAAAGAAAGAAUAAAACUUACUACAAAUUUGAGAAGCUGGCUAUUGAUCCUAACACCUGCGAAGUGAACACUAAGUAUAAGGCGGUGAGAACCAGCAUCUACACAAAACAUCUGGAGAGAUGGUUAAAAUACUUCCCAAUUGAGCAGUUUCAUAUCGUGGACGGAGACCGGCUCAUCACAGAACCACUGCCAGAACUCCAGCUGGUCGAGAAGUUCCUAAAUCUUCCUCCGAGGAUAAGUCAGUACAAUUUAUACUUCAAUGCCACCAGAGGGUUUUACUGCUUGCGAUUUAACAUUGUCUUUAACAAGUGCCUGGCGGGUAGCAAGGGACGCAUCCAUCCAGAGGUGGAUACCUCUGUCAUUACCAAAUUGCGCAAGUUCUUUCAUCCUUUUAAUCAAAAAUUUUACCAGAUCACUGGAAGGACAUUUAACUGGCCCUAAAUUAAACUUCAUACAACACUUUCUGUUGCACCUGAGACAUGCAAUAAAUGUCUCUGCUAAAAUAUGCACUUUUCAUAGACAUGGCUAUAAAAGUAACUUUUUUCAUGCAUACGUGUACAUAUGCAGUGUGUGACCAAAUAUACGGUGGGAUCAAUUUUUUCUACAGAGUAGUAACUAACAUAAAUUUACUGUCAGCAUAGUUGCAUCUUUUAAGAUAUAAUAAUAAAGGGAAAGGAGGUAUUUAGGGACAUCAAGUCAGACACCGUUAAAAGGGUCAGUGUUCCUCUCGCUUAGUGAAGUGUUUAUGUGACAUACUUAUUGAUCUAAGAAGAACAUUAUGCCAUAAAAAUCCAUGUCAAAAGUCUGUGAAGCUGUGAGAAAGCAUAAUCUUCAGGCUAUAUUUGGUAUGUAUAUUGCUAAAGGAAUACUGACACUUUAAACACAGUGCUGAAUUUUUACAAUGAGAGUGGAUAGUACUAUUUUCUUAUUAUUUGAAAUGAAUAUCUUAUCUCAUACCAACUACAUUGUUUCAGAGUUCCUGUGGUGAGUUUGCACUAUUGUUUUAUUGUAUGGACCAUAGUGUCACUUGUAGCAUGUCAAUCAUAUGUCAAAAAAGGUCAAAUAAUUUUUCUUCUAUGCUUGUGUGUCGACAAAGCUGAACAUCGUGUACAUAGUGUACAAUGUUUGUAAAUACUGGUUUCACACUAAGUAAUUCUAUUUUGUAAACUGAAUAUGGCUAUUUAAUUUAUUGUGAAAAUUAAAUUUAUUGUGGUAUUUAAAAAUGGAAUGGAUUAAAAUUACCUAUAUGUGCAA